AUGACAAGCACGACUGCCAUCUUAGUGAAUGAAUGUGAAACUCCAAUAGUUCAUUGUGAUCUCAAGCCGAGCAAUGUUCUUUUGGACCAUGACUUGACUGGAUAUGUUGCUGAUUUUGGAUUAGCUAGAAUCCUCUCAAGACUAGUUGAUAAUGUUUCAGCAAAUCAAUCAAGUUCUAUUGGAAUAAGAGGGACUGUUGGUUAUGCUGCUCCAGAGUAUGGAAUGGGAAGUGACGUUUCAACAUAUGGAGAUGUCUACAGCUUCGGCAUUCUCUUGUUAGAGAUGUUUACCGGGAAGAGACCGACUGACCACAUAUUCGUGGACAGUUUGAACCUUCACAAGUGUGUGAAGGUGGCCAUUGGGGAACGAGUUUCAGAGAUUGCAAACUCAACACUUGUUCAAGAAGACAAUCCGAGGCAGAGCACCAAUGAUGCUCAUGAAGAAUGGUUGAGUUCAAUAUUAGGUAUUGGAAUUGCAUGCUCUGUGGAAUCCUCAAAAGACCGAAAGAAUAUCGGUGAUGUUGUGUCUGCACUAAAAAAGAUUCGAGCAACUCUUAUUAGAUAG